UCGGAUCUCGUGGAGACAAAUGUGCUUGUUGCGUGUAUGGUGCAGCCGAUCGCGUAUGAACGGGCAUUAUGGAAGUCAGGAGAGAACUGGGCUAAGUUUCGGUGCCUUCCUCCAAAAUGGGGAAGUGUGGCGUGCGCAGGAGGAUGCUGUGUUUGUGGUUGUCGCUCCUCGGAUUCGCCUUGCUUCUGCUGAUCGUUUCUGACCUUUUCCACCGAGGGCAAUAUCACUCUUACCAGACAGUUGGCUCCCGACGCGACCGCCUCCAGCGGACCCAGGCCCCGCCGGACGACUUUGAGCUCAUCGGAGACGCAGCGUCCGAGCUCUUGCCCGAACUCGUCCCCAUCAACUCGCUUAAAGAGGACCAGCUUUUGUUCGUGGCGUCCACGCGGGGCGCGCGGGACCCUCCGCACAAGAAGUGGAAUUACAAGGUGCUCUUGCCCGCGGCGAGGAAGGAACUUGCGGGAGAAGGAGCGCGGGAUCGACGAGGCAGCCACGCGUCCCCGCCCGAGGCGCGACACCCCAAGUGCCUCGGCGAGCAGUACAGCGAAUCUCUGCCUUCUGCCAGCGUGCUCAUCUGCUUUCACAACGAAGCCUGGGCCGCUCUUUUACGCACGCUGCACAGCGUCUUGAACGCAACACCCAGCUCCUUCUUAGCGGAGCUUCUCCUCGUGGACGACCUCAGCACGCACGAUCACUUGAAGACAACGCUCAGUGAAUACGUGUCCCACCUGGACGGGGUGCGUUUGAUUCGCAGCACCGAGCGCCUCGGGGUCGCAGGGUGCCGUAACCUGGCUGCAUCCCGAGCUUCGGGGGAGGUGCUGGUGUUCGUGGAGCCGCGCUGUCAAUGCCUCGACGGCUGGCUGGAACCGCUCCUGGAGAGGCUGGCCCGGGACAGGACCAGAGUCGUUUCCCCCAUCGUGGAUGUGAUCCACUGGCAGACAUUCGAGUACAACGUCACCCAGUGGCCAGUGUGGGGAGUUUUCAACUGGAAUCUGGACUUCUCCUGGGAGGCCAAACCGCAACUUCUGGACGAGGACUCAGACUUGGCGAUUGAACCUGCACUGAGUCCAGCUUUAGGAGGUGGAGUUCUGGCCAUUGACAGACAUUUCUUCCACAAUGUGGGAGCCUUUGAUCCUGGUAUUCAACUGUGGGGAGGGGAACAAAUUGAGCUGUCCAUCAGGGUGUGGUUGUGCGGGGGCUCCAUGGAGGUGGUUCCCUGCUCUCGCGUGGCCCACCUAGACCGCGACCCUCGCCUCCCAUCCCGCUUCCAAGAGCAGGAGCAGCUCGAGAGGAACAAGAUCCGCAUAGCUGAGACGUGGAUGGAUACAUACCGCAAAAUCUUCUACAGGCGGGACACGCUGGCUCAUUUUAUUAGGCGGUCUGAGACGCCCAAUAUUACAGAGCGCCUGCAGCUGAAGAAGACUUUGGGCUGUAGGGACUUCCAUUGGUACCUGACGAAAAUCCAUCCCCAACUUUACGUUCCACAGGACAGAUCAGGACUCUCAGGCGAGCUGUACAACGUCGGAGUUGGCGGCUGUGUCGACCGCCUCCCGGGUCAAGGGGUGCCUCUUGGAUCCAUGAUCCUCGCGCCAUGCGGCGGCACGGGCAGUCAGCACUGCGAUCUCAACUCUGACGGGGAAGUGAGAUGGGGUCCCGCGGGGGCUUUGUGUUUGGACGCCGUCGGCGAGCGGGUAGUCCUCUCUGAGUGUCAGAAACCGAUCAGCGACAGGCUCCAGUGGACGUUCAUAAAGCCGAGUGGCCAGCUGCUCCAUCGACUGUCCCAGUUGUGUAUGGAGGCUGUGAAGGACGGACGCCCCCCGCGGAGCUCCCCGUCAAACGAAGUCGGCGCCCGCUCGGGUGCGGGAGAGCUCAUCCUGCGGCCCUGUAGGCGUCAUCCCACACAGCAGUGGCGCUUUGAGCAGCUCGUGUCACCUUAAUUAGCGUGACAAAGAGCAAUUAUGGACUCACAACAUGUCAAUGCCAAAUAUUAUUAUGACUGCAUAGUGGCUCACUGUGUUCAUCGCGGAGAAUCUAUACAGCAUGUGGAAAAAAGUUGUUGAACACAUCCGUUGUACAUUUAAUUAAUCAAUCAGUUGCUGGGUUUGAGCCCUUAGAAGCCCCCUGGAUCUUAAUUCUACAUCUUAGGCACGGUGGGAUACAUUCGGUGUGGUUCACUAAUGUUCUUCUGGAUUUAUUACCCACUGACACACUCCAAACAUCGGAAGCGUGGAGGCUGUUAUAGCUGCAAAAACUACUACUAAACCCAUAUUUUUGUUACUUUUUAAUAAUACAAAAAACGUAUAUAUAUAUUUACGGAUGUGAUGGAAAAAAAGGUUACAUUAUUUUGUUUCUUCCAUAAAAUGUUAUAAUAAUGCAUCAUUUUUUAGGAUAAUUCCUUCUGGUAACAGGUUUUCAAUAUUUGUUCCUGUUUUAAGGAUUUCUGGUUGUAUCCCUAUAAUUGAAUCAACUUGUGAAAGACUAUAUUAUCUCACACCCAAAGAACAUGACUGUUCAUCAAUUCAAGAAGUAGAAAGUACCAUUAUACAGUGCAUCCGCGUCACACCGCGACAUUGUCCAUGCAAAACAGCACAACAUGUGAGCUUUCUGACAGGGUGGACUUUUUUUUGUUUUGUUUAGCUCAUGUUAGCAUUUAAUGAGCACAUGGCGGACUUUCACUUAGCACCACGAUGCAGUUAGUAAGCUGACUACGUACUGUUGAACAAAUACAUUUCCAAUUUCUGAAAGGGUUUUUAUGUCAAUUGAUAUUUGACUACGACAGAGUGGACAUGUUUAGUAUGACAACAUUCAACUUCACACAUAAUAUGAUGAAAAGUACGACAAACACAAGUGGAAACAUUUAUUCUUUAACUAUACACUGUUUCAGCCUCCAAUGAAGAAACAAUUUGCUUGUAGAAAUGUCACUGAAAACAUCAGUGGGUUUCCUAAUUAAACUCUUCGGUCUUAUUGUAAGUGGACAAACUUUGGCACGUCGCACACACUGCUCCGCUAACUACAGUGGCUAAAUGAUAUUAAAUGGAAAAAAAAGAAAUAAAACAAAAUUACAGGGUUUUAUUGUCCUUUUUUUGGGAUGAAAAUGAGUCAUUCUGAUCAUGAAUAUUCUAUUUUCAUUAUCAUAUUGAACAUUUUGCAUAUGUCCCUGAAAUUGAAACUGCCGCAGUGUCAUUAUGGGUAAUAACUGCUACAUUUUCUUGACGAUUGGGUAAUUCUGACUUGGUAACCGGAGGCAAUUUCUCGGGAUUUUGACCCAAGCUACAUUUCCUUUCACCAGCAGCUGUGGACAGCAGAGGGAGUAGUAUGUCUUGAUAUUCUCUCCAUUUGAUUGCUUUGUUGAACCCACGUGUGUCCUGAGCUGAACUGCACUGUAAUGUAAUAAA